CAAAGUACAAAGUACUCUAAUUACUGUUUGUGUCUGUCUUUACGUUGUACUUGUUUAUUUGGAAAAACCAGAUUAAUUGAAGUAACGUUUGAAGUCAUAUUUCACCCUCACAGUUGGUUAAUUGUCAACGAACCAAACAUGAGCCGAUUACAGACAUUUUGGAGCAGAAAUCGUGCGUUGGUAUAUACAGUCAGCGGAUUAAUUCUUGGAUAUUCAAUCGCGAUUGUAAUGAGCUAUCUUUUAUUUUCGAUAGGGCAAGAAAAAGGAAGAGGGAAUAUCCAGAAUUUUACUGUCAGAAGUCAGGCGACAGAAAAUGUUCUAGAUUUGCUCAAAGAAUUCAAUAAAGUUCAAGAGAGGAUGGAUGCUCUUCAAAGGGAGACUGUUGUCCUUCAAAAGGAGAAUAGUGUCCUUCAAGAAAGGAUUGAUGCCCUGGAAAAAGCACAAAUUGCUACUAAAGAAUUUGGAAGAUUCGACCUUGCAUACAAGAAGAACUGUGGACAAAGUUCUACUUAUAGAGAGGCAUGUAACAACGCUGUUGAUGGGAACCUAGAAACCUUUUCUCACACAGGACAUACCGGUUUCAGUAAUGGAGUUAACAAUGGAACGAGUAAACCAUAUUGGUGGGUCGACUUAGGAAACACUUACAAAGUCCGCCGUGUUGACGUCUACAACAGAUUGUCCUCUGGAAAUAGACUUUACAACUUGGAUGUUACUGCUGGAAAGUCUUUGUCAGGAAUGAGUUUGUGUGAUCAUUACAAAGGAAGAGCGUCAAAUGGGGAACUUGUCAUUCUUGUCUGUAGGCAGCCUAUUGAGGCUCGCUAUGUCAAACUACAGAUUAUGGAGGCAAACUCUACAGAUAACUAUCUGCAUUUAGCUGCGGUCGAAGUAUAUGAAUGACUCCGUCUUUUAAAAAAGGAAAAGUUAUUGCAGAAUACGUCAUAUAUGUGUAGUCUGUGCCAUUCAAUCUGUUAAGUAUUGCCAAAGUAAAUGAAAUAAUACUUUAUAAAUUUCGUGCCUCCGAAGCGCUUUUCUGGAUUUACCUUCUUCGGAAACCCAAGAAUUUGAAAGCUAGGGAUAUAUAAAUACAAAGAAACGUUAGGAUCUUGAUGACCAAAAGGAACAUAAAAAAAGCCAAAUUCAGCCAAGGUCAACUUUGCCAGAGGGAGAUGGAACCUUAGUUUCUUAGGAAUUUCUUAAUUUAAUUCAAAGGGGAACUUUACUUUAUAAUCCAUGUGAGUACUGAAGUACGGACUACUGGGUUGCUGAUACCAUUUGGGACUAAUAGUUCACCAAUAAAUUUACUCUGACAAGAAACUUGGUAUAUAUCCUUCUAGUAAAACCAUUGUGACGCGGCGUGAGUAAGGGCAAUAUUAAGUAUUUUCCGUAAUACAAAUACCCAAAGUCGGACAUGUAUUUUGUGGAAAUUUAUGAAGUAUUCAAAGCAGAUGACCGAGAAAAAAACUGUUGCACCUGUUAAAAUUUAGUCGUUAGCCGUCAGGGGAAAUAAUAAAAAAAUAUAAGAAAUCUCUGAAAGGAUGAUCUUGAUAUUGAGGUUUGACUGUAUGUAAAAUGUUGUUCUUUUAACAUGUUUUUGACCUACAUAAAAAUUUCAUUUCUGUAAUGGACUGAUUUCUUUUAAGCUUACUUAAUAAACUUAACUUUUUCAA